UUGAGGGCUUGGACUCGCAGGGGCGGCGGUGGCCGCUAGAAGAGGCGGCGGGGGCGGGGGGAGAGGAGGGCCUGGGCCCGCGCUCCCCCAGCCCCGAAGGCGCCGGCGGCGGCUGGGGAUCGAGAGGUUCACUGGGGUGGUCAGACACCCCUGCUUUUCCCGCCUGGGAUCAUGACCCAGGCGGGGGCCGCCACCACGGCCACCACGGCGGCCGAGACCGCGCAGCCGGCGGUAAGAAGAAAACAUAACCUAUAGACCAUCUUCUAGCAGAAGAUGAUAGAUUUGAAUCAGAAACAGGAGGUGUUGGAAGCCAGGAAUCAAAAGUGAAGAAACUCUACAAGCCCUUGGGUUCCUAUCACUAUCACCAUGCCAGAGAUGACAGAGCAUGAGACACCAACAAGAAAGCAGCACAGGAAGAAGAACCGGGAGACACAUAAUGCAGUGGAGAGGCAUAGAAAGAAGAAGAUCAAUGCUGGGAUAAACAGAAUAGGAGAGCUCAUCCCAUGUUCCCCUGCUCUGAAGCAGAGCAAGAAUAUGAUCCUGGACCAAGCCUUUAAAUAUAUAACAGAAUUGAAAAGGCAAAAUGAUGAACUCUUGCUUAAUGGAGGAAAUAAUGAACAAGCUGAAGAAAUAAAAAAGCUACGAAAACAACUGGAAGAAAUCCAAAAAGAAAAUGGCCGAUACAUUGAGUUGCUGAAAGCAAAUGACAUAUGCUUAUAUGAUGACCCCACAAUCCACUGGAAAGGAAAUCUUAAAAACUCAAAGGUGUCUGUUGUUAUUCCAACUGACCAGCUUCAAAAAAAUAUCAUCGUUUAUUCCAAUGGGAGUCAGCCUGGUUCAAACAGCCAGGGAACAGCUGUUCAGGGGAUAACCUUUAACGUUGGUCAUAAUUUACAAAAGCAGACUGCCAAUGUGGUGCCAGUACAGAGGACUUGCAAUCUUGUGACUCCUGUGUCUAUUUCUGGAGUUUACCCUUCUGAAAACAAGCCAUGGCAUCAGACUACAGUUUCUUCAUUGGCUGCCAAUCAGUCUGUUCCUCUUUGUCUUCCUGCUACCAUUUCCACUCAAAAUAUUCUUGAGCUUUCCACUUCUGAAAGUGAAUCACGUGUGCUUAGUGCCACUGCUGGCUCACUGAUUGCUGUGUCGGUGGGGCCUGAACCUCACCAGCUUCGUUCCUUGCAGACAUGUGUAAAUGAUCAAAACACUUCAGAAAAUAACAGUGGGCAAGAGAGCCCCAAAUUGCUAAAGAAAACAGCCCCUUGCGUUACAAGCAUUCCCCAGAGUUCCUCAGCAACCGCCAUGAAAGUGCAAGCGCACCAGGGCCCCAAGUCCUGCCAGGACUUAAGAGGUGAUUUUCAAAAUCCCUUGGUUGCUGCAGUGACUUCCACGGUCAGCUCCCAGCCUCUGAGGUCUGCAGGUGAUGCUUCUUCAGUGAGCAUUAUUAGCAAGAGCACAGACUCGGCAAAUACCACCAUUACUGUGGUAGCACCAUCUGCCCCUGGAGUCAGGAAGACCACCACUGCAGUAAGUACUCUUGCUACAAAUUCUUUGGACAAUGGUUGGACUCUUUCUUGUUCUUUGCCUUCUUCAAGUGUUAGCGCUUCAGAUUUGAAAAACAUUAGUAACAGCCUUACUCGAAUUUCGUCAGCUGGAAACACACAAACAACAUGGACUACUUUACAACUGGCAGGAAAUACUAUUCAGCCCUUAAGCCAGACACCAUCUUCUACUGUGUCUCCAGUAUUAAAUGAGCUUGGUACCAGCCCUCCCACAAGCAAUCACAGUAGACAUGUGACUACAGGCAUCAACUUAAAUAAUUCCCUUCCAGCAGAUGGGCAGCCAGUUGAGCAAGCAGUUGUAACCUCGUCUUCUUGUUUAUCUUUACCUACGCAGCCAUUGGUUGCCCAACCACAAAUGAAAUCUCAGCCUCCAAAAAAUAUCCUUCCACUCAAUUCAGCAAUGCAAGUGAUUCAGAUGGCUCAGCCAGUUGGGUCAGCUGUCAAUGCAGCUCCAGCAAACCAAAAUGUGAUCAUUCUUCAGCCACCCAGCACGACCCCAUGCCCAACAGUGAUGAGGGCAGAAGUUCCCAAUCAAACUGUAGGUCAACAGAUUGUCAUCAUACAGGCAGCCAAUCAGAAUCCCUUGCCACUGCUCUCUGCUCCCCCUACUGCUUCUGUUCGACUGCCUGUCAAUGGAGCCAGUGCUCUAAUAGGGUCUCAUAAUUCAGUGCAAAAUGUUUCAACCCCCCAGACUUUUGGAGGAAAACAUCUUGUUCACAUACUACCAAGACCUUCAUCUUUAUCUACAUCUAAUUCAACACAGACUUUUUCUGUUACUGUGUCAAACCAGCAACAGCCUCAAACCAUUUCUUUAAAUGGACAGCUCUUUGCUUUGCAGCCUGUGCUGUCUUCAUCGGGAACCACGAACCAAACCCCUAUGCAAAUUAUUCAACCCACCACCAGCGAAGAUCCAAAUACUAACGUUGCCCUGAAUACAUUUGGUGCUUUGGCCAGCCUCAAUCAAAGUAUAUCACAGAUGGCUGGUCAAAGCUGUGUACAACUGUCUAUUAGCCAGCCUGCCAAUCUUCAAACUGCUGCAAAUAAUCAAACCACCCCAGCUAACUGUGUUUCUUUAACAACAACUAUAGCUCCUCCCUUGACCACAGAGAAUUCAGCUUCACUAUCUAAUACUUAUAGUCUUGUGACUGCUUCCUCCAUGAACGCUCUCACAUGUUUACCACCACCUGCCACGAAGUCAAAGAAAUUGAGUAAGAAGCCAGGGGCCAAGAAACACACAGCAGCUAACAAGCUGCCAUGUCUCUCGAAUCCAGGCAGAGAUGUGGGCAAGUUAGACUGCCCCAGUACUGAAGGCCCUGGAGAACCAUCAUCUAGUGAUGGGCUGCUGGAAAGCCUCCCUGUUGUCCUACCAUCUGUCACUAUGUCCCAGACAAAUACUGGAAGUAUUUCUGCUUCACAUUCCUUGAACGGUCUCAAUUCUGAAGUCAUUCCUGAGUCUGUCUCCAAAUCCAAGUCAGCAGAGGAGUCUAGCUCACCCUCCCGAGAAUCUGAAACUAGUGAACAUUUUGCUGUGGCCCCAGCAAAAUCCAAAGACUCUACCCUCACUUUGCAACGAGAGACAUCUCAGGAUAAAACACCAAUUAGUGUUGCACUGUUAGAUGCUACCAAGUCCUGCACUUCAGCCAGUGUGCCAAUCCCAUCUCCAACUAAUCCCCAGAGUUUAGUUUCUCAGGUUGCUGGUUUGUCAUCCACCUCAAGCAUUACAAGUACUGAGUGUGUUUCUGAGGUAGAAAUCCUCACAGAACCUUGCUCAGCCCACCAGGAGUCACCAGAUACAGUGCAAACAGCAAGUCUCUUCAAGGGGCAGGGUCUAACUACAUUGCUGUCUGAUCUUGCUAAAGAAAAGAACCCUCAGAAGUCCUCUCUUUCAGACCAGAUGGAUCAUUCUGACUUUUCAUCAGAAAAUUCUAAGAUAGUUGAUCCCAGUGUUGACUCACAGUCCAAACAGGAACUAUUACUGAUGAACAGCGAUGAUCGAGAUCCCCCACAGCACCAUCCCUGCCUCCCUGAUCAAGAGGUUAUUAAUGGUUCUUUGCUCAGCAGUAGGCAGGCUGACUCUCCCAUGUCAACCAGCUCUGGCAGUAGUCGUAGUUUCUCAGUUGCAUCCAUGCUUCCUGAACCAGCUAGAGAAGAUGUAACCAGUGCAACAACGAACACAUGUGAAAGCUGUACCUUCGCAGAGCAAACUGAUAUCGUAGCUCUGGCAGCAAGAGCUAUUUUUGACCAGGAGAACAUUGAGAAGGGAAGAGUUGGUAUCCAGGCUGAUAUAAGGGAAGUUACUUCAAAGCCUUCUGAAACGUCAUCUUUGGAGGGAGACCAGCCUUUCAAAUCACAUAUGCCUAGAGAGAAUGACACAGGAGAGACAGAAGCAACACCAAAUGAAUUUAACUCUCAGGAUUCAAUUGAGGUAACAGUGGAUAGACCCCUUGAAAAACCAAGCUGCUCUGUAGGAAUUAAAACUUCUAAUGCCUCCUUACCAGUCUCAGCUUCCCAACCGCCAAGUCUCACCAGCUUAAGUGUGAAUAAUCUUAUCCAUCAGAGCAACAUCAACCAUCCUCUAGUUAGCUGUUCAGGUUUGGCCCAAACUUCGGAACAAGCCCCUAUUCCUGUAACAGUUAAUCCAGCAGUUUCAUCCAGCUCCUAUGGAGGCCAGCCUCCUGGACCUUCUCUGAUAACAGAAUAUUCCCAGGAACAACUGAGUACUAUGACUACCACCAUCCCAAAUUCACAGACUCAAGAGCCCCUUUUGAAACCAAGUCACGAAAGCCGUAAAGAUUCUGCGAAGCGCACUGUCCAAGAGGACCUUCUGCUGUCUUCAGCCAAACGUCAAAAACAUUGCCAGCCAGUGCCCCUCAGGCUUGAAAACAUGCCCCUCAUGAGCCGGACUCCAGACAGUAUUUCUGAUCAGACUCAAAUGAUGGUUAGUCAGAUCCCUCCCAACACUUCAAAUUCAGUUGUGCCCGUCAGCAAUCCAGCACAUGGAGAUGGCCUUAAAAGAUUAUUUCCACCUGGUAACAACUUUGUGGCUCCUACUCUGAGGCAAAGUGAAGUUCAGUGUGGUUCUCAGCCUUCGGUUGCUGAGCAGCAGCAGCAAACUCAGACAAAUCAACACCUCCAGUCCCUCCAGCAGCAUGUUCCUGCUCAAGGAGUCUCUCACCUUCACAGUAACCAUCUGUACAUAAAGCAGCAGCAGCAGCAGCAGCAGCAAGCAGGGCAGUUAAGAGAGAGACAUCAUUUAUAUCAACUACAGCAUCAUGUGCCUCAUGCUGAGAGUGCUGUCCACUCUCAGCCCCACAGUGUGCACCAACAGAGAACUCUGCAGCAGGAAGUUCAGAUGCAGAAAAAGAGGAAUCUUGUUCAGGGCACUCAGGCCUCUCAGCUUUCCUUACAACCAAAGCACCACGGAACAGAGCAAUCCAGACCCAAGAGUGGUCAGCCACAUCCUCACCAUCAGCAGUUACAGCAACAGAUGCAGCAACAUUUUGGAAAUUCCCAGCCAGAGAAGAGCUGUGAAAACCCUUCUACUAGCCGGAACCACCAUGGCCAUCCCCAGAACCACCUCAAUCAAGACAUUAUGCAUCAGCAGCAGGAUGUUGGAAACAGACAACAAGGUACUGGGGUUUCCUCUGACCAUGUAUCUGGGCAUAAUCCAAUGCAAAGACUUUUGCCAUCAAGGGGCUUGGAACAGCAAAUGGUGUCCCAACCAAGUAUUGUGACCAGACCUUCAGAUAUGACCUGUACUCCACACAGGCCCGAGAGAAAUCGAGUUUCAAGUUAUUCUGCCGAGGCUCUCAUUGGAAAGACAUCUUCUAAUUCUGAGCAGAGGAUGGGUAUAUCAAUUCAAGGCUCCAGAGUUUCAGAUCAGCUUGAAAUGAGAAGCUAUCUUGAUGUUCCCAGAAAUAAGAGUUUAGCUAUUCAUAAUAUGCAGGGUCGCAUGGACCACCCUGUCGCCUCAGAUAUCCGCCUUUCUGAAUGUCAGACAUUUAAACCAAGUGGAGCCAGUCAGCAGCCCCAGAGUAAUUUUGAAGUACAGUCUUCAAGAAACAAUGAAAUUGGUAAUCCUGUAUCAUCACUGAGGAGUAUGCAAUCCCAAGCUUUUCGAAUUAGUCAGAACACUGGCCCACCACCAAUUGACCGGCAAAAGAGAUUACCUUAUCCGCCAGUUCAGAGCAUCCCUCCAGGAAAUGCCCUUCCACCAAGGGACAGUGAAAAUCCAUGUCACCAGAGUUUCAUGCAGAGUUUGCUUGCUCCUCACCUGAGUGAUCAGAUCAUUGGAAGCCAGAGAUCACUCUCAGAUCACCCAAGAAAUACACAAUGUGGUCCAUCCUCCGCAAUUGAAUAUAACUGUCCUCCGGCUCAUGAAAGUGUCCACAUUAGAAGAGAGAGUGAGAGUCAGAAUAGGGAAAGUUGUGACAUGUCUUUAGGUGCUAUGAACACCAGGAAUGGCACCUUGAGUAUUCCUUUUUCAAGUUCCUCUUCCUCAGGAGAGAUUCAAGGUCGAAACACAAGUCCCAAUGUCUCUGUACAGAAGUCCAAUCCUAUGAGGAUUACUGACAGCCAUGGAACCAAGGGCCACAUGAACCCACCUGUCACCACCAACAUGCAUGGGGUUGCAAGGCCAGCUUUGCCACACCCAGCUGUAUCUCAUGGAAGUGCUGACUCGGGGCCUCCUCUGCGGCAGGCUAAUUCUUCAGUUCCCCAGAGAUCAAGACAUCCCCUGCAAGACAGCAACGGAUCCAAAAUUCGUCCUCCUGAAAGGAAUCGUUCUGGAAACCAAAGGCAUAGUAAUGUCUUUGAUCCAAGUCUUCCCCAUCUUCCUCUCUCUACUAGUGGCAGUAUGAUUCUUGGACGUCAACAACCUACUACAGAGAAGAGAGGAAGUAUUGUUCGUUUCAUGCCUGACAGUCCCCAAGUACCUAAUGAUAAUUCAGGUCCUGAUCAACAUACACUAUCACAAAAUUUUGGUUUUCCCUUUAUUCCGGAGGGCAGCAUGAAUCCACCAAUAAAUGCUAAUUCCUCUUUCAUUCCACAGGUCACUCAGCCUAGUGCCACUCGAACUCCAGCCCUCAUUCCAGUAGAUCCCCAAAACACUUUAUCCUCUUUCUAUCCCCCCUAUUCUCCAGCUCAUCCCCCGCUGUCCAAUGAUAUUUCAAUCCCCUAUUUUCCUAAUCAAAUGUUCCCCAAUCCUAGCACAGAGAAAGUAAACAGCGGAAGUUUAAAUAAUCGAUUUGGAUCAAUUUUAUCUCCUCCUAGACCCGUUGGCUUUGCCCAACCAAGUUUUCCUCUCCUCCCAGAUAUGCCCCCAAUGCACAUGACCAACUCUCACUUAUCCAAUUUUAACAUGACAUCUUUGUUUCCAGAAAUAGCAGCAGCUCUUCCUGAUGGCUCAGCAAUGUCACCUUUGCUUACAAUAGCAAACUCUUCUGCCUCUGACUCUUCCAAGCAGUCCUCAAAUAGACCUGCCCACAACAUAAGCCAUAUUUUAGGUCAUGAUUGCAGUUCAGCUGUUUAAAUACAUAUAAACUCAAUGUAAAGGGAUUGGGUGAGAUUACAAUUGCCCAUUGAGAAAGAAGUUAUGUGUGUGUCUGUAUCUGUGUCUCUUUUUGUAUAAUCUUGUUUCAGUUCACUUAUGAUUGUAGGGAAGUCAAGCCAGAGAUAAUGCAAAUACUGGGUUGCCAAAAAUAAUUCGUUUAUUUUUACAUGUAUGAUGUGUUUUUAUUUAUUUUUUAAAUCUUUGAGGCAUAUUUACACAUCCAAGUUUGAUAUAUAGGCUUACAUUCCCUAAAUACCAACCAAGUAAAAGUUGAUGGAGAUCAUCUUGGCAUGUGCUGGGUGACAGGAUGGGGCUAAGAUUUUAAAUUUAAAUUAAUAAAUGUAAAAUAGAUGAAGUAGUUGAGUUGCAGUCCAAAAAUACAGGCAACUUAAUGGCUUAUUACUAGAUGUUGGCUAAUAGCCAAAU